AUGUCGUCCACAACCAUGUCCAAGAAGAAUAAGGGGAAGAAGGCGGCGGAUCCCAACGAAACAUCCAAAUUGCUGGCCGCCAAAAUCUCACAGCUGGAGCAAGAUGCGGCUGGCGAGAAGGAUCAGGAACAGGAAAUCGAGCGCGAGGUGAAAAAAGCGACUCGGGAUCUCAACCAGCUCCUCAACAAUAUCGAGUCUCCGAUGACCCGCCUCGAGGCCGUGCACAAAAAGUACACCGAACUGCUGGCCGAUAUGAAGAAGCUGGAUCGUGAUUAUGCCAAGAGCAAAAAGCGUGCCGAUCAGCUGCAGAAGGACCAGGACAAGGGCAAGUCCGAGCUGAGCAAAACCGUGACCAUGAAAGACAAGUUGGAGAAGCUGUGCCGCGAGCUUACAAAGGAGAACAAGAAAGUCAAGGAUGAAAACAAGAAACUGGAAGAUACGGAAAAGAAAGCCCGGCUGAUCGUCAACGAACGUCUGGACUCGCUCCUCUACGACAUUCAAGACAUCAUGGCCGCCAAGGGCAAUCCUCGCGGCGAGAAAGUAGUGGACGUGGAUUUGGAUGAAGCGCUACGGGCAAAGCUCAAGACUAUCACUGAGCAAUUUGACACGCGUGAACUGCAUUACAAAGGACUCCUGCGCAGUAAGGAUGCCGAGUUGCAAAGUCUCACGUCCAAGUAUGAGGAACAGCGCCGGACUGCCGAGAACGAGAGUGCUCGCGGCCGGGCAUUGAGUUCGCAGGUUUCCACCUUCUCCCACACAGAAGCCGAGCUGCGCAGUCAGCUUAACAUCUACGUGGAGAAGUUCAAGCAGGUCGAGGAUACUUUGAACAACAGCAACGAGCUCUUCCUUACAUUUCGUAAAGAAAUGGAAGAGAUGUCCAAGAAGACCAAACGGCUGGAAAAGGAGAAUCAUACGCUCAACCGCAAACACGAACAAACAAACCGAAAUAUCCUCGAGAUGGCAGAAGAGCGGACGAGGAACCACGAGGAGCUGGAAAGAUGGCGCAAAAAGUGCCACCACCUCGAAGCCCUGUGUCGUCGGAUGCAGGCCCAGGGUCGGGGCGAAGCAUUGCCAGACGGGGAUUUGGAUGGUGACGACGAAGGCACCGAGAGCGAAUACGAUGAAGAGUACGAAGAUGAUGAGGACGAGGAAGAGAUGAGUGAUGAGGAUGAGCUGGAUGCCCACGAUCACCACCUGCCAGGAGGUCGCGUCGACCAACCCCCGGAACGGCCGGUCUUUGGACCCCCACCGCCGCCCAAUCUGUUGGAGACCCGGACGAAUGGCAAUGCAGCCGUGGUCAACGGUUGCCAUUGA